GCUAGGAGCACGGGCUUCUGGUUCCUUGCUGGUGGCUGUCCCAGCAGUUUUUAGCCACCCUGCCUUCUGGCUGGAUUGGUAAGCAUAGCAGAUGAAGACUGCCGAGGCUCUGCAGGCUCUGGGGCUGAGGUGCCCCCAAGGCAUUGCUAGGAAGCCUCUGUGAGUCCAGCCAGCCUGUUACUCUGCUCUCAUAGGCACCAGGGCCCACCCAAGUACUGGCAAUGUGUUUCCUACUCUCACUGCUUCUCCUGGCCUCAGUCUUCCCCUCAGGCCAGACCUCAUGGGGUGUCUCUAGUCCCAAGGAUGUGCAGGGUUUGAAGGGGUCUUGCCUGCUUAUCCCCUGCAUAUUCAGCUUCCCGGCGGAUGUAAAGGUGCCAGAUGGCAUCACAGCCAUCUGGUACUAUGACUACUCAGACAAGAGGCAGGUAGUGAGCCACUCAGGGAACCCCACACUGGUGGAGGAGCGCUUCCGAGGCCGAGCCGAGCUACUAGGGAACAUGGAUCACAGAGUGUGCAACUUGCUGCUGAAGGACCUGCAGCCCGAGGACUCCGGCACCUACAACUUCCGCUUUGAGAUCAGUGAGGGCAAUCGCUGGUCAGAUAUCAAAGGCACCUUGGUCACUGUGACAGAGACGCCCAAUGCUCCCACUAUCACUGCCCCAGAGGAGCUGCUUGAGGGCACGGAAGUGAAAUUCAACUGCUCCACACCCUACCUGUGCCUGCAGGAACGCCUCACUCUGCAGUGGCAGGGCCAGGACCCCUCUCGCUCUGUCAUCUCCAGCCUUCAGAAGCUCGAACCCACUGGCAUCAGCCACCUAGAGACCCUUCACAUGGCCCUGUCCUGGCAGGACCAUGACCGGACACUGCGGUGCCAGCUCUCUGUGGCUGCCCACAGCAGUCAGAGAGAGGUCCACCUCCAUGUGCAGCAUGCCCCCAAGGGUGUGGAACUCCUCCUCAGCCCUUCAGGACAGAACAUUCUCCCUGGCGAGCUGGUCACGCUCAUCUGCCAAGUGAACAGCAGCUACCCUGCCGUCAGUUCCGUGCACUGGAUCAAGGAUGGGGUACACCUCAAAGCUGCUGGCCGUGUGCUGCAGCUGUCCCAGGCAACUUGGAAUGACUCUGGGGUCUACACCUGCCAAGCAAAGAAUAGUGUGGGCUCUCUGGCGUCACCCCCAGUCAGCCUCCAUGUUUUUAUGGCUGAGGUCAAGGUGAGCCCAGCAGGCCCCAUCCUGGAGAACCAGACAGUGACACUGACCUGCAACACUCCCAAAGAGGCACCCAGGGAGCUCCGUUACAGCUGGUACAAGAACCACAUCCUGCUGGAGGAUGUCCACACCCCCACCUUGUACCUGCCUAUGGCCACAAGGGCUGACACCGGCUUUUAUUUCUGUGAGGUGCAGAACACCCAGGGCAGUGAGCGCUCUGGCCCAGUCAGUGUGGUGGUCAGACACCCACCCCUCCUCCCGGACCUGACUGCCUUCCUGGAGACACAGGCUGGGCUCGUGGGCAUCCUCCACUGCUCUGUGAUCAGUGAGCCCCUGGCCACAUUGGUGCUAUCCCAUGGGGGCCUCACACUAGCCUCCAGCUCUGAGAAGAACGACUCCAGCCCUCGCUUCAGAGUUUUCUCCACUCCCAACUCCCUGCGCCUAGAGAUCCGUGACUUGCAACCAACUGACAGUGGAGAGUACACUUGCUCAGCCACCAACUUCCUUGGAAAUGCAACCUCCAACCUUCACUUCUCUGCCCGUGUGGCCCGACUCCUCAUCAGCCCUUCAGCCAAGGUUGUAGAAGGGCAAGCAGUGACUCUGAGCUGCAGGAGUGGCCUGACCCCAGCACCUGACAUUCAUUUCUUCUGGUACCUGAAUGGUGGUCUGCUUCUUGAUGGAUCUAGCAGCAGCCUCCUGCUUCCUGCGGCCUCCAGCACGGACGCAGGCUCAUACUACUGCAGAGCACAGGCAGGCUCCAGCACCAGUGGCCCCUCCCUGCCUGCCAUCCUCACUGUACUCUAUGCCCCACGCCAGCCCACAUUCACUGCCCGGCUGGAUGCCUCUGGAGUGGGGGCUGGAUGGCGAGGCCUCCUCUUGUGCCAAGUAGACAGUGAUCCCCCAGCACAGCUACGGCUGCUUCACAAGGGCCACGUUGUGGCUACUUCUGUGCCAGCAAGGGAUGGCUGUAGCACCUGUGGGAGUUGCUCCCAGCGCACUAAGGUCAGCAAAGCCUCCAACCUGCUUCGUGUGGAGAUCCAGAAUCCAGUGCUGGAGGACGAGGGCAUGUACCAGUGUGAGGCCAGCAAUGCACUGGGCAACUCCUCUGCCUCAGCCAUAUUUAAUGCUAAGGCCACUGUCCUGGUCAUCACACCGUCAAACAUGUUGCACGAGGGCACAGAGGCCAUCCUAACUUGCAACGUGAGCCGGGAAGCUACUGGCUCUGCCAACUUCUCCUGGUUCCGGAAUGGAGUGCUGUGGACUCAAGGCCCAUUGGAGACUGUAAGACUGCAACCUGUGGCCAGGACUGAUGCUGCCCUCUAUGCCUGCCGCCUCCUCAGUGAGGCUGGGACCCAGCUCUCAGCUCCUGUGGUCCUGAGUGUGCUAUAUGCCCCAGACCCUCCAAAGCUGUCAGCCCUCCUGGAUGUGGCCCAGGGUCACAUGGCUGUGUUUAUCUGCACUGUGGACAGUCGUCCCCUGGCUCGCCUGUCCCUAUUCCAUGGGGAGCACCUCCUGGCCACCAGCCUGGAACCCCAUCGCCCAUCCCAUGACAGAAUCCAGGCCAAGGUCACAGCCAACUCCCUGCAGCUAGAGAUCCGAGAACUGGGCCUUGAGGACUCUGGAAGCUAUCGCUGUGAGGCCACAAAUGUUCUUGGAUCAGCCAACACCUCACUCUUCUUCCAGGUCCGAGGAGCCUGGGUCCAGGUUUCACCAUCACCAGAGCUCCAGGAGGGCCAGGCUGUGGUCUUGAGUUGCCAGCUGCCCACUGGGGUCCCUGAAGGGACCUCAUACCGCUGGUAUAAGGAUGGCCAGCCACUCCAGGAGUCAACCUCAGCCACAUUCCACAUUGCAGCCAUAAGUCUGAGGCAAGCUGGUGCCUACCAUUGCCAAGCACAGGCUCCAGCCACAGCCACUGCCAGCCUGGCUGCCCCUGUCAGCCUCCAUGUGUCCUACACCCCACGCCAGGCCGCACUCACCACCUUGCUGGACACAGGCCCUGGGCGACUAGGCCUCCUGGUGUGCAGUGUGCACAGUGAUCCUCCAGCCCAGCUGCAGCUAUUUCACCAGGACCGCCUUGUGGCCUCUACCCUACAAAAUGUGGAGGAACUGGCAAGCAGCAAUCCCCGGCUGCAUGUGACUGUGACUCCCAAUACACUGCGCCUGGAGAUCCACAACACAGAGCUGGAGGAUGAUGGUGUCUAUACUUGUGAGGCCACCAACACCCUGGGCCAGGCCUCUGCCAAAGCUGACUUCGAUGCCCAAGCUGUGAGUGUGCAGAUAUGGCCCAAUGCCACUGUUCAGGAGGGACAGCAGGUGAACCUGACUUGCCUGGUGUGGAGCACCCACUUAGCCUCACUCAGCUACACAUGGUACCAGGGUGGGCAGCAGCUCCUUGGUGCCCGUUCCAUCUCCCUGCCCAAUGUCACAGUCAUGGAUGCUACCUCCUACCGCUGUGGUGUGGGAUUCCCUGGCCAAGAACCCUGUCUCUCCAGACCUGUCACCCUGGAUGUCCUCUAUGCUCCGCGCAGCCUGAGGCUGACUUACCUCUUGGAGAGUCAGGACAGGCAGCUGGCCAUAGUACUGUGCACUGUGGACAGUCGCCCACCUGCCCAGCUGGCUCUCAGCCAUGCUGGCCGCCUCCUAGCCUCCUCAACUGCAGCCUCUGUCCCUAACACCCUGCUCCUGAAGCUGCGAGACCCAAAGCCCAGUGAUGAGGGGCUCUACAGUUGCUUUGCCCACAGCGCACUGGGCCAGGCUAACACAUCCCUGGAACUUCACUUGGAAGGUGUACGGGUGACGGUGGCUCCCUCAGCUACUGUACCCGAGGGGUCUCCUGUCACAGUGACCUGCAAGGACCCUGCCGUCCUUCCACCUGCCCUCUAUGCCUGGUACCACAAUGGCCAUUGGAUGCAGGAAGGGCCAGCUGCCUCACUCCAGUUCCUGGUGGCCACACAGGCUCAUGCCGGUGCCUACUCUUGCCAAGUUCAUGAUGCUCAGGGCACACGCAGCUCCCAGCCUGCCACCCUGCAAAUCCUUUAUGCCCCUCGGGAUGCUGUUCUAUCCUCUUUCCGGGAUUCAAGGACCAGGCUCAUGAUUGUGGUACAGUGCACCGUGGACAGUGAGCCACCCGCUGAGCUGGCACUGUCCCACAAUGGCAAGGUGCUAGCCACCAGCCAUGGGCUUCACCGCUCUACCUCGGGGAUGGGCCAUGUCCAGGUAGCCCGCAAUGCCCUUCGGCUGCAGGUACAAGAUAUGACUACAGGUGAUGGUGAUGCCUAUGUUUGCACAGCCCAUAAUGCAUUGGGCUCAGUCAGUACCACUCAGCAGCUGUGGAGGGAGGAUGGUGUGCGUGUGGUAGCUGAACCAGGCCUGGAAGUGCCAGAGGGUGCAGCCCUGAACCUAAGCUGCCACCUCCCCGUUGGCUCCAAGUCCACGGACAACUUUACUUUUAUAUGGUUCUGGAAUAGUCGGCCACUACGUGCUGAGUCAGUGCCCACACUCUCUUUUACCCAUGUGGCCCGGGCCCAGGCUGGGCUGUACCACUGCAGGGCUGAGCUCCCUGUUGGGAUCACUACCUCUGCUCCCGUCAUGCUCCGUGUUCUCUACCCUCCCAAGACACCCAUCAUAACAGUGUUUGUGGAGCCUGAGGGUGGCCUCCAGGGCAUCCUGGACUGUCGAGUGGACAGUGAGCCGCUGGCCAGCCUCACCCUCCACCUGGGCAGUCAACUGGUGGCCUCCAGCCAGCUCAAGGGUGCUCCCAUCGAGCCCCACAUUCACGUCUCUGCUUCCCCCAAUGCCCUAAGAGUGGACAUGGAGGAGCUCCAACCCAGCAACCAGGGGGAAUACGUGUGUUCUGCCUCAAAUGCCCUGGGCUCUGCCUCUGCUUCUGCUUACUUUGGGACCAGAGCCCUGCAUCAGUUGCAACUGUUCCAGUGGCUGCUCUGGGUCCUGGGAUUUCUGGCAGCCUUCCUGUUCCUGUUGCUGGGCCUGGGAGCCUGGCAUGCCUGGAAAAAGAGGCGUUCUUAUAGGCUGAAUAUGAAUAAGAAUUCAAUGGAGAUGUCCACUCAGAAGGACACCACACAGCUCCUUGCUCCUGAUGCAGGCACACAUGGGACCUCACCUGUGCCACAACUCUGAGCUGAUCAACCUGCCUUCAAGAGGAGAUGGUUGCUACUCUCUGAUGACUCAGAUACUGUGAAAGAGGUUCUGUCACCUCUGUACAAGCAGCACAGUGACAUCUGAUGUUCUGUGACCUGUCUUCUAAGCGUCUUGCUCCCAAGAAAAAUGGGUGGCUAGCGUGGAGUGAAGCCCAAUCUACCUAGGAGUAUGCUGAGGCUCUGGGACCGAGUCGGCCAUGUGACUCACUUCUCUUUGAAUCCCUGUCCUCUGUCUCUUCCCUCUCCAUUUCUUUUCUGAAGAGGCACUGCCCCUUUGCCUCUUUUUCCUCAAAGGCACUUUGGACUUUCUGGCUAGACUGGAAGAACAUUUGGGUCCUCACUGACCUGCCAAGACAUUCUGUAUUAGGGGGCUGGAGAGAUGCCUCAGUGGUUAAGAGCACUAGCUGCUCUUGCAGAGGACCCGGGUUUGGUUCCA